AUGGAAAAGAAAGUUGGCCAGGCCCCGGCCGACCGCCACACCCAGGCCCCGGCCAGCCUCUGCCAAUCGCCCAGACCAGGCCCCGGCCAGGCGCCCAGGCCCCGGCCAGCUUCCACGCCCAGACCGCCCGCAGCACAAUCAAUACAAACAUUCCUUUGUUCCUGUGUCAAUCAAGACCCCGUCAUCAAGAUACCGUACAGCAAAGUGUACCAGCAUGUGUGCACCUAUCGGGACUUUUACUACAAGACCUUUGAGCUUCCCGACUGUCCUAGCGGUGUGGAUCCCAUGGUCACCUACCCCGUGGCUUUGAGCUGUCACUGCAGCCGCUGUGCCAUGGACACGUCCGACUGCAACUUUGAGAGCCUGCAGCCCGACUUCUGCAUGAAUGACAUACCUUUCUACUACUAG